AUGGCUAUCAGCGAGAUCAUCUCGGAGCCUUCAUUGCUACCAGUGCUCACCACAUGCGCCGAGACUCUCGCCCAGUGCCAACAACUCAUUACCCAACUCAACCCCGACACCACUCCUACCGAUCCUACCCAACUACACGACCUCUCAUUGGCCGUUUCCAAACAGCAAAAAGUCCUCUUUGCCCUCCUUGCUCAACUUCGCGGCCAGAACCGGGACGCCGUCUUUCGUGUGCGCGACACUAAGCAAGCCACCGCCGAGGCCCGACAGGAGAUCGACCGUCUCCAUCUCCAACUGCAGAACUUGUACUAUGAGCAGAAGCAUCUCACCGGCGAGAUUGCUGCAUGCGAAGCUUAUGAUCACAAAUAUCUGUCACUGCCACUCAUCCCUGUCGAGGAAUUCCUACAACUGCACCCGGAACAUCAAGAGACCAACGAACAUGAAUUAAUGAUUGCCCGGAUCAACCAUGAGCACUCGGAGCGAGAGAAACUCGAACAGGCGCGCCAGGAACUGCUCAAGCGCAAGCAGGCCUUGAUCGCCGAAAACAAGAAGCGGAAGGAUGACCUGGCCAAUUUGGAUAAGGAUCUCGAAAGAUUUAUCGAUGCUGCUAAACCGAUUCAAAAGAUCUUUGAGAAGGAAUACUAA